AUGGCAGACAGCGCCAGCGAGAGCGACACCGAUGGCCCAGGAGGCCCGGCCGCCAUGCAGACAUCUGGCUCCGCGGCCUUGGGCGGUGGUGGUGGUGGUGGUGGUGGUGGUGGUGUUGGGGUGGGAGGAAGCAGUGGCGGUGCUGGGGGCAAGUCUGGGGGCAUCGUCAUCUCCCCCUUUCGCCUGGAGGAGCUCACCAACCGGCUGGCCUCACUGCAGCAGGAGAACAAGGUGCUCAAAAUCGAGCUGGAGACCUACAAGCUCAAAUGCAAGGCGCUGCAGGAGGAGAACCGAGACCUGCGCAAGGCCAGCGUCACGAUCCAAGCCAGGGCUGAACAGGAAGAAGAAUUCAUCAGUAAUACUCUCUUCAAGAAAAUUCAAGCAUUGCAGAAGGAGAAAGAAACCCUUGCUGUAAAUUAUGAGAAGGAAGAAGAGUUUCUUACUAAUGAGCUCUCCAGAAAAUUGAUGCAGCUGCAGCAUGAGAAAGCUGAACUCGAACAGCAUCUGGAGCAGGAGCAGGAAUUCCAGGUCAACAAACUGAUGAAGAAAAUUAAAAAAUUGGAGAAUGAUACCAUUUCUAAGCAGCUCACGUUAGAACAGUUACGACGAGAGAAGAUUGACCUGGAAAAUACUUUGGAACAAGAACAAGAGGCACUGGUUAAUCGUCUCUGGAAAAGGAUGGACAAACUUGAAGCCGAAAAGCGAAUCCUGCAGGAAAAAUUAGACCAGCCAGUCUCUGCUCCUCCAUCACCUAGAGACAUCUCCAUGGAGAUCGACUCUCCAGAAAACAUGAUGCGCCACAUUCGGUUCUUAAAAAAUGAGGUGGAGAGGCUGAAGAAGCAACUGAGAGCUGCACAGUUACAACAUUCAGAGAAAAUGGCUCAGUACCUGGAAGAAGAACGUCAUAUGAGGGAAGAGAACUUAAGGCUGCAGAGAAAGCUGCAAAGGGAGAUGGAGAGGAGAGAGGCACUCUGCCGGCAGCUCUCUGAGAGUGAGUCCAGCUUGGAGAUGGAUGAUGAAAGGUAUUUCAAUGAGAUGUCUGCACAAGGAUUAAGACCUCGCACUGUGUCCAGCCCAAUUCCUUACACACCCUCUCCAAGUUCUAGCAGGCCUAUAUCACCGGGUCUAUCUUAUGCGAGUCACACAGUUGGUUUCACACCACCAACUUCGCUGACGAGAGCCGGAAUGUCUUACUACAACUCCCCAGGUCUUCAUGUGCAGCAUAUGGGAGCAUCCCAUGGAAUCACAAGGCCGUCCCCCCGGAGAAGCAACAGUCCUGACAAGUUCAAACGACCCACGCCACCUCCGUCUCCCAACACACAGACCCCAGUCCAGCCACCUCCGCCGCCUCCACCUCCCAUGCAGCCCGCAGUCCCCAUGGCAGCCACCACCUCGCAGCCUGCCCCUUCGCCGCAUUCGGUGCACCCCUCUUCCCAGCCUUAAUGCAUGUGGCUUAGUCCGAAUCUCAUGUGGGGACUGGUACCGUGGAGCCGUUUACUCAAUGCCAAAGGCUUCCUUCCCUGGCAUAUUUGGAUCUGACUUAUUUGCACUGAGGUUAUGUAGGCUUCACUCUUUAAUUGUGUUGUAAGUGUUUGUCGGAAACGCAGCCAGUGUUGUGUGUCUACAACACUAACCAGACGACUUUUUUUUUUUUCCAUCAGUGUUUUACUUGAAUCUCCAUGUACAUCCUUCAUUUCCUGGCUGGAACAUUUGCUAUUCAAUAUUUGUAACUCAGCAGCAGUGUGCAAUUUUUUGCUUGGGCCCAGAGCUUCAUUUUCCUGGCUUUUAGGUUUGUAAAAUAAAAAGGGAAAUCUUUUGUA